GCAGCAGUUUGUGAGAAGCUCAUCCUUCAGGAACUUGAAGACUUGACUGCAUCACAUCACACUGCGGACAUGAUGCACUUUCCUAUUCAACCCCAACAGGAUACAUUGAAACUAAAGGAGCAGGUCAUUUGUGACUCAGACAACCAGCAGAACAACUCUUCCACUGACACUCGCCUCCUUCCUGCAGAGACAGAAGCUCUUUUCACUUACGAUGUGUCAGUGUGUCCCGACAAUGAAGGAGAUUGCACAGAGAAGGAGAAUCGUUUGGCGUUGGAAUACGAGGCAGAGCGAGAGAAAGAACGCUGUGAGGAGAGGAAGAAGGAGGAUCAGAAGAGACGAAUAGAAAGAGACUUCCAGAUGGAGCUGAAGAAGAUAAUGGAGGCCGAGAAGCUCCAGCAGAAGGAACUUGAGUUGAUAGAGAAGAGAGCUCAGGAAAAACUGGACCAGGAGAUGAUGCUUCAGCGGGAAGUGAUCAGAAACUUAAAGAGACGCGUGGAGGAAGAGAGGAGGAUGAGGGAAGAGGAGCAGAAGAGGGUAAAGGACGAGGAAGACAAGAGGACAAGAAAGGAGGAUGAGAUUAGAAGGAAGAAAGAUGAAGAGAUGAUAAAGAAGGGGGACGAGGAGAGGAAAAGAGAAGAGGCAACAAUGAAGAUGGAGGAAGAGAAGAAAAUGGAGGAAGCAAUGCGGCAGAAGAAGGUUGAGGAGCAGAGAGAAAAGAGGGAACAGGUGAGGAGAGAGGAACAGGUGAGAAGAGAGGAACAGGUGAGAAGAGAGGAACAGGUGAGAAGAGAGGAACAGGUGAGGGUUACCACAGAGGAGGAAAGGAUUACAAACAAGAAAGUAGAGGAUGUUCUGAUGAAGAUGAAGAAGAGGGAUAACAUAGAACUUGAAGGUGAAGAAAUAAAACCUGAGGAGAGGAAGAACAAGGAAGAAAAGGCUAGGGAUGAGGAGGCAAGAAAGAAGGAGACGUUGAAGGAAGAUGAGAUGAGGAAAGAGGAAGGACGGCAGAGGGAGCAGAAGGAACAGAGGAGACAGGAGGAUGAGAGGAGACAGGAGGAUAAGAGGAGACAGGAGGAUGAGAGGAGACAGGAGGAAGAGAGGAGACAGGAGGAAGAGAGGAGACAGGAGGAAGAGAGGAGGAGACAGGAGGAAGAGAGGAGACAGGAGGAUAAGAGGAGGAGACAGGAGGAAGAGAGGAGACAGGAGGAAGAGAGGAGACAGGAAGAAGAGAGGAGACAGGAGGAUGAGAGGAGGAGACAGGAGGAAGAGAGGAGACAGGAGGAAGAGAGGAGGAGACAGGAGGAUAAGAGGAGGAGACAGGAGGAAGAGAGGAGACAGGAGGAAGAGAGGAGGAGACAGGAGGAUAAGAGGAGGAGACAGGAGGAAGAGAGGAGACAGGAGGAAGAGAGGAGACAGGAGGAUGAGAGGAGACAGGAGGAUGAGAGGAGACAGGAGGAUGAGAGGAGACAGGAGGAAGAGAGGAGACAGGAGGAAGAGAGGAGACAGGAGGAUGAGAGGAGACAGGAGGAUGAGAGGAGACAGGAGGAAGAGAGGAGACAGGAAGAAGAGAGGAGACAGGAGGACAAGAGGAGGAGACAGGAGGAAGAGAGGAGACAGGAAGAAGAGAGGAGACAGGAGGAAGAGAGGAGACAGGAGGACAAGAGGAGGAGACAGGAGGAAGAGAGGAGACAGGAGGAAGAGAGGAGACAGGAGGAAGAGAGGAGACAGGAGGAAGAGAGGAGACAGGAGGAAGAUGAAGUGGGCUGUGAAGGGUAUGAUGUGGACAAAGGAAAGAUGGAGAGAAAAGGAGAUGAGAGAAAAAGUGUAGAAGCAGAGAAGGAGCUAAAGGAGGGAGCGGUGGGAGAAAACCAGAUGAAGGCUAACCAGGAAAUAAGACUCAAAGAAAAGGAGCAGCGUGAACAGAGAGUGGUGCACCAUGGGAAAAAGGAGAAGCAAGUGGUGAAAGCAAAUGAGCUGCAAGCAAAAAGCAAAAUGAGUCAACAUGAGAAAAAGAAUAUGGAUGAAAUGGAGAAAUCCACUUCCUGGACUUCCUCUGGUCCUUUACCCAGCGAGUCUCCCAUCAGUGCUGACACUGUGCCACAGCUACAUGAAGUGAGCAUCCAUCAGACCUCCAUGGAUCAAGCUCUGGACUUUGAAAGUGGAGCAGCCAGGCCUUCCACUGCGUCUGUGUUCCCCUCUGAGAGCCUCCCAGAGAGGAGGAGGCUGGACUGGAUGAAGGACUGCAUCCCCUGGUCCAAACUCUCCCUGCAGAACCGGAGGAAGCAGAGAGGGUCUGUGCGGAGAGGAAGAGGGCCGAGGGGGGUCAGCAGUCUGCCUCCAAUCUGCCCCGACUCUCUGCUGAGGGCCACGGGCCGGACGUCCCUGCUGGAGGUGACCACAGUGACUCUGGAGGAUUUAGCCGGCUGCAGCGUGUCCUCUCUCGGUCAGUGCACUCGACUCCAGUCCCUCACCCUCAGACGCUGCGGCCUCACAUCUCUGGAGGGCCUCAACCAGCUCACACAGCUCUGCUACAUCGAUGUGCAGGAAAAUGACAUCUCAUUUGUCGACUGUGAAAAUAUGACGAGUUUACGAGUUCUUCGACUCAGCCACAACAAGCUGACGUCCAUCCAUGGUUUGACUGGGGCGGAGAAUGUGGACGUCCUCGACCUCUCGAACAACUCCAUCACCCGCAUUGCUGGUCUGGAGUCGAUGAAGAGACUGCAGCGGUUAUCACUGGAUCACAACCAGCUGAUCAGCACCAGAGGACUGAGGGACGUCUACACGCUGCUGCACCUGAACUGCUCUCACAACCACCUGGUGACGGUGGAGGGUCUGGAGAACAGCGCUCUGCUCUGCACGCUGGACCUGAGCGCCAACAGCCUCACUGAGCCCCCCAGCCUGAGCAACCAGGUCCUCCUGAGCGAGCUGCACCUCCAGGACAACAGCAUCUCCUCCCUGCAGAGCCUCAGCGCCGCCUGGAUGCCCCUCCUGCAGCAGCUCUCUGUGGCCCAGAACAGAGUUACCCAGCUGCCCUCCAUGUCUGGUUGUGUGUCCCUUGCAAAUCUGGAUCUUCGAUUCAACUGCCUGUCAGAGCCCCUGAACGUGUGCGAGAGUCUGGAGGGAUGUCACUUCCUGCGAGAGGUGCAGCUCACAGGGAAUCCUCUUCAGCAGGAGAGAGGCUGGAGAUCCACUCUGCAGAAAGUGUUGCCGGGCCUGAGGUCCAUCGAUGGCCAGCAGACAGACUCCUCUCUAGCGCCCCCUGCUGUUCCUCAGCUCGGCUCGGCCUCAGGCAGCUUCCUGAUGUUCUGCCAGGCUCAGCUUCAACAGACUCAGUAUUCACAGCAGCAGCUCAGCAGGGAGCUCAGUAAUGCCUCGUCUUCCCUGGAUGCUGUGAAGUCCUCCUGCAGACACUUCACUGAGGCUCUGCAGCUGGCUGAGGACCAGAGAUAUGCCCAUGAGUACGGAGACACCACUGUGACUGCAGGCGCAACAACACCUGAGGAAACACUUGACAUGGACAGUACCAAUACUGAGAACCACAGAGAAAUGGAAUCCACUGGAAACGUCUCUCCAGUUCUUCCAAAUCGAGACAGUACCAGAUGCAGCAACUGGACUUUUGAGGAUAAGUACGCUGCAGAAAUCCAACAUAACACAUUUAACACUGUUGCAACACAUCCAAACACCGGGCCAACAGUUCGAGAAGCAAACUCGGAAAGUGUUCACCCCUCGACAACUUGCUCCAAUCUCAAAAUGGCACCUGUAUCCAACCAUGAGGACCUGAACCUCCAAAGCACAGCAGCAGUCGGGAUUCAGCAGCUGUGUGCUUACAGACAGAAAAGUGGAAAUGUCAGCCGCCCCUCCACAGCAGAGGAGGGUGGAGGAGGAGAUGGAGAUGGAGGAGAGCCAGAGUCCGGACCUGCCUUUUUAAAUGGGAGUGUUGUUGCUCAGCAUUAUGCAGCAAGUGUCAUCCAGGCGUUUUGGAGGGGCUUUUCUCUGAGGAGGAGGCUCGCAUCUGCUCUGGCUGCUCUCACACGCCCUGACGCUGCAGAGGAUGACACCUUUGAGGAGGUGGACGUGGAUGAAUUUGACUUCGAUGAGGCAGCGUUGGAGAAACAGUGGACAUUGUCCCUUCCUGAGGACUCCCCUCCCAGACGUUACCUUAUGUCAGACCAGCCACGGUCUCUGAAGCCUCCUGUUCACUUUCCUGAAGCCUCUGAGUAUAUACUCUCACCCCCGCCUGUGUGGAGGCCGAAGCAGGCCUGGGUGCCUCCAGAACAGGCUGCUGAACAGAGAGUUUCCCCUGAGAGCUCCAACAGAAGCAAGUCUCCUGCUUCAGCGUCGGUGCUCAGCCGUCUCUCUGAAAGAUCGGAAAAGAUUAUAGAAGAAUGGGGGUUCACUCACAGCCACACAGCUCUCCAGAUGCUCAAGAGAGCUCGGAAGAUGAAGUCAACUAAACAACAGCAGACUAAACGUAGAGAUCCCUUUGACCGCCAUUCCUCGGUCAAAAAGUACAGUUACCAGCUGGGACCAGUGGAGGCACGAAACAGGCCAACACAACACAACAGGAAUGAAAUAAAAGUUGUCCAGGCUGAGCUGGAGCUUCAGCAGGCGGAGAAGGUGGAGCGAGUGAAGCAGCAGCGAGCUCAGCAUUGGCUUCAGACCCAGGCUGCUCGCUCUGACCGGGGCUCAGAGAGCGUGCAUUUCUUACCGGAGAUCAGCUCGGACAUUCUGAACGGAGGCAGAGUGCAGCUCGUGGCAGACCUGGGAUCCGCAGAACGUCACGCCAGCCGAUCGUGCGCCAACAACAGUUUAGCUGCCCAGCCCUGCAACGAGAACGAUUAUCCUCGCAGAAACUCUUUGGGUCAUGCAAGAGAAGAAGUCCCAUCUCCUCCGAGAGUCACGUCUGCUCCGUCAAAAAAGGAGCGCAUCUCCUUCCGAGACAACCCAGUCGUGAAGAGCGGCGGCUGGGGAGGGGGCAAGAAGAGGGACAAAUUCUACAAGUAA